AUGAGUUGUUUCCUUUGUCGCUGUUUCACUUGGAUUGGUUCAGACUGCCUUUGCGAAAAGUUGUUUCUCACGAUAAAUAUUCACGUUUCUCUUUUCAGGAUUCGACCUCAGAUCGUUCGCGAAAAACUCGAACUGUGCCGUGUUUGCACAGCCGUAACACCUGGUGAACCUCAAAUAACAAUUGGAGACGAUCGAAGUUUUACGUAUGAUUGCGUGUUCGAUCAAGACACACACCAGCAAUUGGUCUAUGAUCGCUGCGUUCGAAGUCUUAUCGAAGGCACGCUCGAGGGCUUCAAUGCCACCGUACUUGCGUACGGUCAGACCGGUAGCGGUAAAACGUACACAAUGGGUACGGCAUUCGAUAUGACAACUGCAUCGGAUGACGAUUCUGUGGGUAUAGUGCCAAGAGCGAUGGAACACCUCUUCACGCUGAUUGAGCAACGCAAACGUGAGGCUCGUGAACGUGGCUUCAUUGAACCCAUAUUCGAUGUGGCUGUCCAAUUCAUUGAGGUAGUCUUUUGCCUUCACUAA